UUGGUUUUUUUUCCAAACUUGCACUUUAUAUAUUCCCCCAAAGCUACUCCUAAUUUGUCUCCUAUUUUUUCUCAAAACAAAAAAAACUACAACCACCCCUCAUUAGUUUACAAUCUAAAAACCAAAUGCAAUUCCCAGCCAUUUUCUUCAAAACUCGUUUCAUUUACAAUCUCUUCAACCCAAUCCUCCUCUCCUUACUCCCAAAAAAACUCAUCUCCUUCCUUCCUCCAUCUUGGUUCCACCAAAAACACCUCCAUUCGCGGUCACCGGCGCCGCCACAACAAUCGCCGGUUUCCGUUUCCGACGCCGUUCAAUCGCAUAUUCAGAAGAGAAUGGACUCAGACGAACUCCGACGUAUUUUCCAAAUCUUCGAUCGGAACGGCGACGGACGGAUAACGAAGAAUGAAUUAAACGAUUCGUUAGAGAAUAUGGGGAUAUUCAUACCAGAUCCGGAAUUAAUCCAGAUGAUCGAGAAGAUCGAUGUGAAUGGAGACGGUUGCGUCGACAUAGAUGAGUUUGGUUCGCUUUACCAGACCAUCAUGGAUGAACGCGACGAAGAAGAAGAUAUGCGUGAGGCAUUCAAUGUGUUCGAUCAAAAUGGCGAUGGAUUCAUUUGUGUUGAUGAAUUGAAAUCUGUUCUCGCAUCGUUAGGGCUAAAACAGGGACGAACGGUAGAGGAUUGUAAACAAAUGAUUAACAAAGUGGACAUUGAUGGAGAUGGAAUGGUUAAUUUUGCAGAGUUUAAGCAGAUGAUGAGAGGAGGUGGUUUUGCUGCAUUGAGUUAGUUUAAUUUUUAUUUUUUUUUAAUUAUUUCGUUUUUUUUUCCCACUAUUUUUAUUAAAAUAGAGAAGCAAAGAAUAAUUUUUAUUUUAUUUUUUUAUUGUCAUAGGCUGUGACAUGUAAAUAAAUUGUUACUGCUAUUAUUUUAUUUUUUCAGUUGUUAAUUGUGUUCGGCUUCUCUUCUACCUCCAUGUUGAUGUUAGGCGUACUAAGCUUUCAUUAUAUAAUGGUUCAAAAAGGAAAAAAUUGCAUCAUAAAAGAUUUUCAAAAAAAAGAAUUUAA